AUGUUUUCGUCACUUACAGCGCUAGCGCUGCUCAGCUAUGCGACACCUUUUGCUGUUGCGUGGGAUGCUCAGCGCGUGCUCUCUGCCCAACACUUGGAGACUGAAGCCAGUGCAACGGGAGACAACUGGUCAGUUCGGGAGCAAUAUGACUCGACCUGCGUGGCAGGCAGUCGCCAUUUUGCUGGUCAGAUUAAUGUGACUGACGACAAGAGCAUGUUCUUUUGGUUUGUAGAGAGCCGCGAGAGCCCCAACGAUCGACCAGUCGUUAUCUGGCUCAGCGGUGGUCCCGGGGCAAGUUCGCUGGUGGGCCUGUUCAACGAAGUCGGGCCCUGCUCAAUCAACGAACAUAGCAAUGCAACAUUCUCUAACCACGACAGUUGGACAAAUCAUGCAAAUAUGCUAUUCAUCGAUCAGCCGGUCGGAGUCGGCCUCUCCCUCUUGCAGAACGGCAGCAAGUAUCCAAGCAAUUUAGAAGAAUCCUCCCCAGACUUUACACAAAUGCUGAAAAUUUGGUACGGGGAAAUAUUUCCCCAGUUUGGUAAAGUCCCGCUAUAUAUUGCUGGUGAGUCUUUUGGUGGCCGCUACGUUCCUCGCUACGCAGCAGACAUUGUACGCCAGAAGCAGACGUGGUCAGCAGGGCCGCUGCAGUCGAUCGAACUCGGAGGCUUGAUCCUCGUAAAUGCUCUUGUUGACUCGAAUCCGCUGUCCACCGGUCACUACGAUGUCUUCUGCACAGAUCAACCACCCAACCUGGUAAGGUUCAAUGAGACGACCUGUCGUGCCAUGGGCGCCGCGGUUCCUGAAUGCGAGAGGCUCGCGUCUAUAUGUCAACGCACUCUGGAUCCACAAGUAUGCCUAACCGCCCAAACUUUCUGCAUGGAAAACCUCGAAAAAUACUUCUACGCAGAGGUUGAGGCACAUCGGUUGAGCCCAUAUGAUUUGCGAAGAAAUUGCCCAGAGCCUCCAUUGUGCGGCGUUGGUGUAGACACUGAAAACAACACAGGGUCUCCGACGGACUACGUAAAUCGAUCUGGCUUCCAGCAGGAGCUUGGAUUUCGGACAUUAUUGGAUUUUCGUUCAAUCAACUUUGAUUUGAAUACACAAUGGGCCUUAGAUCCAAGGAUCUCUGUCCCAACCACCUCGGACCUCACAUAUCUACUCAAUGGAGGCGUUUCUCAGCCACGGGACAAAGUUGAUCCCAGCUCUGUUGUACCAGUUCUUGUGCUAAAUGGCGAGUAUGAUGUUACUUGCAACCAGCCGGGCAUUAUACGAGAGUACGACAAUCUCCCAUGGCACAGGCACGCAGCCUAUCGUGCCGAAAAGGCCUUUAGAACCUGGACAUGGACUGACAGAGCCGGCAAAACUCACCAAGGUGGAGUCUGGAAAGGUACACCGCAACGUGAGAAGGGCCUAGAGUUUGUCUCAGUCAAGGACGCAGGCCACAUGUCGCCAGCAGAUCAACGUGGUGCCGUCACAAGUAUCUUUGGUCGAUGGUUAGCGAAUGGAGGACUACUGAGGGUCCAGGACCUGUCUUAA